AUGGUGAAGAAGAAACAAGCUCUGGGUUGGAUCGAAUGGUUAAUGGGAUGGAUGUACGUAACCUACGAGCUACUUUUUCAAAGAACAAAAACGAGUCACUUACAAAACCCAUUAGAAUUACCGUCAUUAAACGACCUCACAUGCAUCGUAACCGGCACUACGAGUGGUAUCGGUAAGGAAAUAGCACGACAAUUGGCUGAAGCAGGGGCACAUGUUGUAAUGGCAGUGAGGAACCGAAAAACAGCUAAUGAAUUGAUUGAUCAAUGGUGUAGUUCUUGGGCAGGGAUACUUUUGAAUGUUGAGGUUAUGGAACUUGAUCUUUUAUCAUUGGAUUCUGUUGUUGGUUUUGCUAAUACAUGGAAUGCUCGUUUAGAACCAUUACAUGUUCUUAUUAAUAAUGCUGGGAUUUUUUCAAUUGGAGAAACCCAGAAGUUUUCAAAGGAUGGGUUUGAGGAGCAUUUGCAAGUGAAUCAUCUAGCUCCAGCAUUGCUCUCUGUAUUGCUUUUGCCAUCACUUAUUAAAGGGUCUACAAGUCGAAUUAUUAAUGUCAAUUCUGUUAUGCAUUAUGUUGGCUUCGUUGAUACAGAAGACAUGAACACUGUUUCUGGGAAAAGAAAGUACUCAAGUCUGUUGGGAUAUACUAACAGCAAGCUAGCACAGGUUAUGUUUAGCAGUGUCCUCCACAAACGGCUACCUGUUGAGUCCGGUGUUAACGUUAUGUGUGUAUCACCUGGAAUUGUCCACACAAAUGUUGCUCGGGAUCUACCCAGAAUCGUUCAAGCUGCUUAUCAUCUAAUACCCUAUUUUUUAUUCAGCCCUCAAGAGGGUUCUAGGAGUGCUCUUUUCGCAGCAACAGAUCCUCAGAUUCCAGAGUAUUGCGAGUCGUUGAAAACCGACGAGUGGCCUGUUUGUGCAUUCAUUUCCCAAGGUUGUCAUCCUACAAAUCCUUCUAAAGAAGCGCAGAGUGUCGAGACUUCAUUCGAAGUGUGGGAAAAGACGUUGGAGAUGAUCGGCCUCCCUUCAGAUGCCGUGGAGAGACUCAUCGAAGGUAAGGAAGUUAGAUGUCGAUAUGGCACUCGAAAGGACUAGUUUUCACAUAAAAAGAAGAUACGUCUUCUACAUGUCUUGAGCUCUAUUCUGAACGUCCGUUGUUUCAUUUGGUGCCAUUUUCGGGGUACCAUUGUUGCUCUCGUGAGGGUAUAUGCUCCGGUAACGUGUUCCAAACACGGUGGACUGUUUCAGCUGGGAUUCAGCUGAACCUUGGGUGUAACA